CCAGCAAGUGCAAUUUAUUCUUCUAUCGAUAUCGCAUCUCUCUCCUCACAUUUCAACAUUGGAGGUAGAUUCCAUACCCAUUCAUCUUUUCACAUCCAAUUUAUAAUACUACGACCAUCUUUGUCAAAAUGGUUAUCUGUGAAAAUGUUCUCUACACCAAGGCAGCCGCUGGCCGGCUCUGCAAGGCCCUAGUCCUCCGACUAGUCACCAACCCCCUGGUCGUUCAAUUCGCCAAGAACGCCGGGUUCGACGUCAUCUGGGUCGAGAUGGAACACUCGACCUACUCCAUCACCGAGGCGAGCGCACUCGCCAGCGCCGGAAUGAUGGCCGGCCUGACGCCCAUCGUGCGCGUGCCCUACGAGUGCGGCAUGGGCUACGUGCAGCAAGUCCUCGACUCGGGCGCCAUGGCCGUGGUGUUCCCACACAUCGUGACCGUCGAAGACGCCAAACGGUCCGUGAAAAUGUGCAAGUUCCCACCCCUGGGCAAGCGCUCCCUAUGGCUGCAGCAAGCCGCAGUGGGCCUGAAACCCCUCCCGAUGCAGAAGAUGGCAGAGGAGAUCAACGCGCACGCAUCAGCAGUGGGCGUGAUGAUCGAAGCGGCGGAUAGUAUUCCCAACGUGGAUGCGAUUGCGGCGGUGGAGGGGGUCGAUAUGCUCAUUGUCGGCUGCAUCGAUCUGUCGACGGAUAUGGGCAUCCCGGGACAGGUGGAUCGGCCGGAGUUCCGGGCUGCGUUGGAGGCUGUUAGUGUGGCGUGUAAGCGUCAUAAUAAGGUGUUUGGGCUGGCGGGAAACUACAGUGACUUGAAGUUUCAGGAUUGGGCUAUCAAUACGUUGGGAGUACGCUUGAUUCUGGGUCAUGUGGACUCGAAUCUGAUUUCUGUGGGCGCGAAGGAGUGUGUGACUAGGAUAUCCAGUAUUGAUGGGACGGCUCUGAAUGGAGCUCAUACUAAUGGGUCUGCUCACACUAAUGGAUCUGCUUACGCCAACGGGUCUGCUGUCAACGGGUCUGCUGUCAACGGGUCUGCUGUCAACGGGUCUGCUGUCAACGGGUCUGCUGUCAACGGGUCUGCUCUCAAUGGAUCCGCGCUCACCAAUGGCAAGCAUGAUCUUGUGCAGACAAACUGAGCAAGGGUCACGGGUUGGAAGUUGAUACCGGAAUGAAUGUGACAACCAAUAAAAGAAAGACGCAAUAAUGACAUGUUAUAUACCGUUUGUUUACUAGACUUGGUUCUAUUGAAAAUCUGCCUGUUUGCACCCUUCGGAGAGUUGAGAUCAUUGAG